AUGGAGAGAAGGAACCUUCUACAGAUUAAGGAUGUGGUCAUGUUGCUGCACACCUUUUGGCUACUACUGUCUCCAAGACUUUUAAGGCAGUUGAUUGAAAAUCGGCCUGCAAUAUCGAGAUCUGCCAUUCGAUUUGAGUUGAAGAUUUCUCCAAUUUUUGAGUUAAACAUGGUCCAAAAACGGCCUUUUGAUGAAGAUGAGUCACACGAGGUUUCAUCUAAACAACGAAGGCAAAUGGAACUCAAUAGUCAGCUUGUUUCAGCUUUGGAAUUUCCUCCUGAACCUGUGGUCCAGAGUUGUCAUACUUCAGGUGAAAGUUACAAUGGCUUAACAAAAACCAAGGCAGAAGGUGAUGAGAAGCUUGAUAUUGGUUAUAUUACUGAACCACUUUGCACCAAGAAAGAUGUGGAAACCAGUGUCCCUGGUUCCCUUUCCAGCUCUUCCCUGUUUGCCGGAACUAUCAGCGAAGAAGAUAUCAGACCAGGAGCACCAUUUCACAUAACGUUGUCUCCUGACCAUAUUUCUGAGCGUCAACCAAGGACCAUAGUCCACUCUGGGGAGAUAUAUUCUUUUCUUUUGGGUCUUCCUCCUCGGAAACUUGUCCCUGUUGGACAAUAUUAUCAAGCUGAAAUACCUGAAUGGGGUGCACAUUUUUGCAAGAAGACAUCCAGUUGCUCAGAACAUACAGAAGCACCAAAUCUCGUUUCUCAACCUCUGGAAUCUGAUGAGGAGAGAUUAGCUGGAACUUGUGUUGUUCCAAUGUCUGGUUCAAAUCAACUUGCAGACACUGGGGAGGUCGGGGUUGGGAGAACAGGUUGUAUGUGUGACAAUGAGGGUAACAUCAGAUGUGUUCGACAACACAUAAUGGAAGCUAGAGAGAAACUUAGGGGAACCUUUGGGCCUGAGACUUUUGCUGAGUUGGGUUUCUCUGAUGUGGGAGAGAUAGUGGCGGAGAAAUGGAGUGAAGAGGAAGAGAAAUUGUUUCACCAGGUUAUAUUUUCUAAUCCCACAUCAUUAGGAAAUAACUACUGGAACCAUCUUGCUGUUGUAUUUCCUUCCCGGUCAAAGAAGGAAAUUGUCAGCUAUUAUUUUAAUGUAUUUAUGCUACGAAUACGAGCUGAGCAGAAUAGAUAUGCCCCAUUAAAUAUUGAUAGCGACGAUGAUGAGUGGAUGGGAAUUGAAGAUUCUACUGAUAAUGAAGUUCAAAAUGGUGAGGAUGAUGACUCCGUGGCUGAAUCACCAAUGGAUCCUGAUCAUAAUGAAAUCAUUCAUGUAAAUUCUAGUGCAUAUGAUGAGGAUGUUGCACAGAGUGCUCCUGUAGAUUGUAGAGUUGUGGAUUUUGGUGGUGAUAAUAUCAAUGAUCAAGAGGCAUGUACUUGUAAGUUAGACGUUGAAAGUAGUUUGGAUCCUACUGUUCGUCCUUCAGACGAAAAUCUUUCUCACGAUAGAGGAGGUUGUGUUACCCAAGAUCGCUCAGCUACUUCUGGUGAUGCUGGGGUUGGUUCACAACUAACUAUGGAGAAAGCUGAUAGUCAAAAACAAUGGACAGGUCAUUUAAGUGGAACAAAUGGGUUCAGUUGCCAUGAAUUCAUGAUGGAGGCCUGCAAUGCUAGAGAAUGGGAGUUUGGAUACCUCAAUUGUCCAAGAAACGAAGUUGAACUCUUACCCACAUGCAAUAUGAUUGAAGAAGUUUUUGGGGCUGGAUCUUGGGAUGGACAGGGCUUAAACUAG